AUGCAGGCGACCGGGGGCGGGGCUCCGAGGCCGGGGCAAGGUGACAGGCUCCCUGGCAGCCUCCGCCAGCUGGACCCCGCCACGCUCCUGAUGCUGCUCUUGGACGCCGACAGGCCCGAGCCCGUGCGCAGCGGGGCGCGCGAGCUCGCGCUCUUCCUGACCCCCGAGCCUGGGGCUGAGGCGAAGGAGGUGGAGGAGACCAUCGAGGGGCUGCUCCUGAGGCUGGAGGAGUUCUGCGCUCUGACUGACAUGAUCAGGAGCGACACUUCGCAGAUCUUGGAGGAAGACAUCCCUCUCCUGAAGGCCAAGGUGACAGAAAUGCGUGGCAUCUACACCAAAGUGGACCAGCUGGAGGCCUUUGUCAAGAUGGUGCGACACCACGUCUCCUUCCUGGAAGACCACGUGCUCCAGGCCGAGCGGGACCACGGGGCCUUCUCCCAGGCCCUGCGGGGCUGGAAGUGGCUGGGCUCCAGGGGGCUCCCCUCCUUCAGGAACAAGCUGUCUACGCCGGCGCCCCCGACGUUCGAGCUGCCCGCACUGUACAGGACCGAGGACUAUUUUCCUGCGGACGCAGGGGAGGCGGCGGCCCUGACCUCCAGCUGCCGUCACCGUCUGUGAGCGUCGUGGUCCUGCCACUGGGGACAUUGGGAAGUGAGCCCCUGUGUGCGGGCAGCUUAGGUUUCUUCUACUGUCACCAUUAUUGAUUUGUUGGCUGAGGUCCCUCCCUUGCUUCAUGGGACACCGUGGGGUUUGGAGAAGCAGUUGGACCCGGUUUGUGAUGGAGCCUCAGGGAGGAGCUGCCGAAGGUGUUUCUUCACCAGCGUUGGGCAGUCAGGUCUGAGAAGCCACUGUGCCCGAGGGACAGUGGGGACUUCCUCUGUGAAGGGCUUUGUGUAGGAGCCAUGGGGGACCCACUCCUCACUCGGUGCCACCGGCCUGUGCGGUGCCAGGUCCAUCACUGUUGGUUUGUUGUGAGCACCAAUGUCUGCUGGCAUGUCAAUAAAGGUGUCAAGAGCUCACGUGUGGUCUGGGUGUAGGGACACGGUUGGGGGGCGACCAGUUCCUUUUUGCUCUGUGUAAAUGUUUCCUCUAAGGCUGCUCCUGCCCCCUGGGCAGACCCGCCCUGAAAUCUCCUGAUCCAGCCCCUGGCCCACACCUGCCAGGGGGCCCCUGCCACGCUGAGGAUCCCGGCAGGCAUGUGGCAGCGGAGGGCGUGAGGGCCGCCCUGGCUUCAAAGGUGUGCUUGCUUUCCUUUUUUCUCACGCAGAUGAGUUUCCUGUUAUUAUCCUGAAAGUCCAGAUGCCACACGAUAGUAAUGGAUGUUUCUAGUUUUUCUGGAGUUCCUUCCAGAGCCAAGAAAACACCCCCCCCCCCCAAACUGCAGACCUGCACUAGAAUUUCAAGGAAAUCUAAAUUAAUCAGGCGA